UUGCAGCUGCGCGUUCCCUGCAUGUGGCCUCCCUGAUCCCUCCUCCACACCCUCCCCCCCGUGGUUGAUCGCCCACAUCCCUCCUCCCAUCAAUCACCUAAGCAAAGCCCCGUUAUCGCCCUUUCUCCCGAAAUGGCUGACGUCGACGUGGCCAGUUACUACAACCUACCCUCGGCUUUUCCCGAAGAAUGGCCGGCCGAGCUGGACGAAAGCGACCAUUCAGAAGAUGAGGUUCUGGAACGUCGUGGCUCGCGCUCGGAGAGAUCCCGAUACUUUGCUCUUGAGCGCAGCAAUAGCACCAGGAAGGGGGUCACGCUAGGAUCAUUCAAAGGGAGCAAUGGCCGGGAGAACCUUGUAAAAAUGGAUGAGCCAGACCCUCUGGGAUCCGGGGACAGUGUGCUCAAGAUCCUCAAAACGCGAGGCUUGUCUCUAGAUGAAGAGAGUCGCUUGCGGAAUCGCUUCUUGCUCUCAUCCACCUCCUUCUCCCCGGCGCUCUUCCUCUCCCAAGUCCACUCCGAUGCAUCAAUACGGUCCCUCCUCGACGGCCUCAACAUCCUUUCGCAAUCGAUCGAUCAGAAGUCAGCUUCGUUGAAAGUCCUCGUUGAAGCGAACUUCGAGCGUUUUGUUCGGGCCAAAGCGACGAUCGACAGUGUCUAUACAGAGAUGAGGAAUCAAGGCAAGAAGGAAGAGUUUUUAAGCCCUCAAGCCAACCGCCGGUCGGUUGGUCAUUUCCGGAACCUUUCUGGGAGCAAACACAGCAUAUCUACCUCUGCCAUUGCCGAUGCUGGGCCUGGAAAGAACGCUCUGACGAAGGAGAGUGAAUACGGCAUGAAGGGCAUCCGCGUUCCUUUGUUAGAGGCGUCUGUUAAAGCAGAGGAGUUAUGGGGACCUGCAUUGGGUGGACGCGAGAGAGAGCAAGUGUUAAAGUCGGUAGUCGACACCAUGGAGAAACACAGGGAUAUCUAUGAAAUAGGCGGUCUUCUUUCCAAGUCGAUCAAACAGAGGGACUUUGACUCUGUUUUUGAGCAAUACGGAAGAGCGAGAGCCCUUUCGAAGACUGCAAGGGACAUUGCAGACACGGCAACGAACCAGCGUCGGCCGUUGACAGAUGAGGAAGCGCAUGUUAUUCUGGCCAUGGGUAGGAUGUGGAUGGAUGUUGAUUCACAAAUACAAACCUUCAAACGUGAUCUGUGGAGGCGUCUCAGCGAUGCACCCACCACAUCGACGACAGUUACUGCUACUGGUCCAGUUGAGGAGCACAUGGAACUUAUCGGUGCUCUUUUGGAGAUCGGAGUGGAAAACAACCCUAUCUGGGUCUGGCUUCUCAGUCGCUACGACUUUCUCAAAAAGAAAAUCACCGCCUUCUGUGAGCGUUGCAAGACUGAGAUAGAAAUCCUGAGGCGUCGGCUGGCUAGCGGUGAGAAACCCACGCCUCAGGCAGUGGCAUCAUAUCUCUGGCUGGCACCACGCGACGGCUCCCUAGACACCCAGACACUGCGAGAUACCGAUCAAGUCAUUGAGCUUUGGGAAUGUAUCAGUACCUACUUGAGCAGACUGUUAUCAUCCCAAGGGGGUCUUCUUGGCGAAGUCUUUGAUUUCUGGGAAGUAGCCCAAUCCUUCAUCGACGGCAGCAGGCAGAAGCUUCUCCCGGCUGGGUUUGAGGGAGAAAGCCGUAAACACCAUCGACUCUCUUCCAGUAACGCGAGGGACCUGCAGAAAGGCGCUAUCGAGCUGGUCAAUCUAAUCCGCGAAAGCGUCCUUUCGUUAUUCGCCGACGCCCCAGUGGACGAUGUUUCCCUUUUGACGUCUCCUAUAUCUACAGCAAGCCCCAGUAGUCCCGGAAGUCGGGGCGUGACUCCGACAGAGUCCCGGUUCAAGCUUGACCCGAAGAACAUGCCAUUUCCCACGCCGAAACGGGGAGAGCAUUGGGAAGACUAUGCCUUCUGGCCACCCUUCUCGAAUUCACUCAGCGGCGUGCACUAUCUUGGUCAAUGUCUAGUGCUCAUCGGCACGGCGGCUAGUGAGAUGGCCGCAUUGGAGCCCGUGUUGAACAGUCCCAACACCCAUGAUCUUCUCAAGUCUCUAGUGAGUGUGGCACGCGAGCGCUCGGUACGUGUCGCAUGCGCAGCUUGGGGUAAAGACGCCGAAAUCUGCAAAAUGCUAGAAGACUGGACACGCGACCCGGAGAAGAGAGACUUGACGAAAAUGCCUGGUCUUUUUGUCGCCUUUGAGAACGCGAUCAUCAGCGGGAUGCAGAAGAUCCUCUACAUUUCCGAGGCCAUGGCGAGGUCAGGCUCUGUGGAUGUUGUGACACAACCCCCUGCCAAACUGCUGCAGAUGGUGCGCACACAAUUCGUGUCGAGCGUCUAUAAGGCUCUCAGUGGCCUAGUCGAGAAUGCAGAACAUCCCACGUCUUCGGAAGAUGAGGACGAAUGGAUUACAGCUGGGUCGAUAGUGACACGAAGCCAAUUUGAUACGUCUCCAUCCCUUCUUAUUGCCGAUGCGGUUGAUGCACGGAACAGGAACGUGCGCAUCCUCCUUACGUUGUCGAACAUCAAGGCCUUCCAGGCCGAUCUCGUGCCACAACUGGUGGCCAACUUUGAAAAUUCGUUCUCGGUCCGACUGACUGAAGAAGCCAAGACCGUCCGCGAUGUACUCAACCAGAUCGAUGAUCGUUUGUUCCAGUCAUACACGAAGCCGACUAUCAGCGCGCUGAACUCGACGAUCGCCAAUUCCAUCACUGCCCCAGAAUGGGAACCGACGACGGCGCGACCCGAUCAAGUUCGCCCAUACGUUUACACGACGAUGUUGGACCUCGUGCUGGUGCAUACGGAGAUCACCACCACAAUUCCUUCCACCCUGUCUACCACCGCGACUCGCUCACCAUCAGCCGCCCAGUCCCCCCUGCUCUCGGUCGUCCUCACCUAUUUGCUGACCCAGGUCUCGACAUCGCUCCUGGCCGCUUUCAGUUCUCGGUCAUCGUACACACUUGCGGCCCUCAUGCAAGCCACUCUAGAUACCGAAUUCAUCGCCCAGACCAUGUCGCAAUUCUCUACGGAUGAAGCUUCCGCUAUCCAAAGCCAGAUCUAUGUUGAACUGGACCGGCGAACCACCCACGAGGCACGAGCACGACUUCAAUCAGAACUGGGCGAGAUGCGGGGCAUUCUGAAGCGGUUGAGGGAAAAGACCAAAGGAGAAUUUGCGUGCUUUCGAAAGCCGCGGAGCGGCGCCGGGCACAAACCAUCUGCCUAGCUUAGUCUGGGCAAUCCCGACGUAAAUCCUCACGGAUUACAAUUCAUUUGGACCAGUGUAACCUCUUGAUCUGUACAAAAUCAAACGUAGCCAU